AUGUAUAUUCAAAAAGUUAUUAUCAAAGGUUUCAAAACCUAUAGAAACGAAACUAUAAUCGAUGAUUUUUCUCCACAUUAUAACAUUAUAAUCGGUUCCAAUGGUUCUGGUAAAUCAAAUUUCUUUGCUGCCAUUCGAUUUGUCUUAAGUGAUGAUUACUCUAAUCUUAAAAGAGAAGAAAGACAAGGUCUCAUUCAUCAAGGUUCGGGUUCAGUUAUGAGUGCAUCAGUUGAGAUUCAAUUUUAUGAUCCUGGUAAUUCUAUGAUUUUACCUUCAGGUGUGGCAGUAAAUCCAGAUAGUACUGUCUCUAUCAGAAGAACAGUCGGUUUGAAAAAAGAUGAUUAUCAGAUUAAUGACAGAAAUGUAACUAAAUCAGACAUCGUUAGAAUGAUGGAAAGUACUGGCUUCUCGAUGAGUAAUCCUUACAACAUUGUUCCACAAGGUAGAAUUGUUGCUUUGACUAAUGCAAAAGAUAAAGAGAGAUUGCAAAUAUUGGAAGAUGUUGUUGGUGCUAAGUCGUUUGAAGCCAAGUUGACGGCUUCUCUUAAGAAAAUGGAAGAAACUGAGAAAAAGAGAAUGCAAAUUGCAAAAGAGAUGAAAGAAUUGACAAAAAAAUUAGAUGAAAUGGAGGAAGAACGUAAGGAACUAGAAAAGUACAAUGACUUGGAAGGUGAUAGGAAGGUCUUUCAAUUUACAUUGUAUGAUCGUGAAUUGAACGAUAUUAUUAAUCAAAUAGAAAAAUUAGAAUCUGAAUAUACCAAUAUCUUAUAUACUUCAGAACAGUAUUUACAAGAGCUAGAUAAAAGAGAAGGUAUUGUUGUAGACAUUACAAAAACUCUUCAAAAUACAGAAGCAUCGUUAAAGUUAAAAGGUACCACUGAACUUCAACAGGCAAAAUUUCAUUUCACUGAUCUACAAAAUAAAGUUGCAAAUUAUGAUGUAACUAUAAAUGAUAUACAAUCUCAGAUUAACUCACAGGAAGAACAAACAAAAAUUGAUCAGAAUAAUCUGAAUAUUUUAAGUGAUGCUAUAAAAGAAAAACGAAAGCUAGUUGCUGAAUGCCUGCCAAAAUUUGAAGAAUUGACUAAGCAAGAAAAUGAAUUAAGGUCAGUGUUAGCAUCUCUUCAAGAAAGACAAAAGAAUUUAAUGAUAAAAAAAGGUAAAUAUGCGAAAUUCACUACUGUUGAAGAACGUAACAAAUGGAUAGAUGAAGAGGUCGCAAAUAUAAAAGAAGAAUUUACAUUGUUAAAAACUAAUAAAGAACAAUUGACAAGCGAACAAGAAUACAAUGAGCAAGAGGUGAAAAAACUUGAUGAAGAUAUUGAAGAUUUAAUUGAUUCAACUCAAGGACCAGUAGUGUUGGGCGAGUUGGAUGAAGUCAAAGAAAAGAUAGCGAAGGUGAAGACAGAAUAUAGUCAAAAAUUUGAUGCUCGUAGGGAGCUAUGGAGAGAAGAACAAAGAUUACAAACGAUUCUUGAAAAUAUGUCAGAAGGGGUGAAAAGGUCAGAAAGGAUACUGAAUGAAACUAUGCAUCGUUCCGUGGCAAAUGGUAUUAAAAAUGUUAAAGAGAUUGUUGAUAAGUUAAAUUUACCAGAUGAUGCCGUGUUAGGGACAUUAGGUGAACUAAUUAAGGUUAGCGAAAAAUAUAAGAGAUGUGCAGAAGUAAUCGGUGGUAAUUCUUUAUUCAAUAUCGUUGUCGAUACAGAUGAGACAGCUUCAUUAAUAAUGGAUGAACUGUAUCGCAUGAAGGGUGGUAGAGUCACUUUCAUGCCGUUGAAUAGAAUCCGUAUGGAUUCAAAUUUCACUUAUCCACCAAAUGAUCAAGCUUCAUGUACUCCAUUAAUUAAAAAGAUUAAAUUUGACGUCAGAUACGAAAAAGCUGUCAUGCACGUAUUUGGCAAAACUAUUGUGGUAAAGGAUCUGGGAGAAGGUAGUAAACUGGCAAAGAGAUUUAAAAUGAAUGCAAUAACACUGGAUGGUGACCGUGCCGAUAAAAGAGGUGAAUUAACCGGUGGUUACUAUGACCAACAUCAGAAAAUGAAAUUGGAUGCUUUAAAGGAUUUGAAGAACGCAAACGCUCAAUUUAAACAAAUAACUUUAGAAUUAGAUACGAUUCACCAAAAAUUAAAUGAAAUGGAUUCGAGUAUCGAUCAGCAAAAUAGUUUGAUUAAAGCAGAAACAAAUAAACAAGAAACAAUGUUGACUAAUAUUGAUAAUUUAAAUUUAAAAUUAAAUAAUAAAAGAGGUGAGAAGGCGAUAGCUGAAGAAUCUAUACGUAAAUUAAAGGAUAAAAUUAAUAAUAUUGAAAAACAUCUGGAUUCGAGUGGCAAAAACCUUGAAACCUUUCUCAAAGAUAGAGAACAGCCUUUUGAUAGCGAAUUGUCAGAAGUUGAAAAAGUUGACCUAGAGAACAUCACCAUAUCCAUAUCAGAAAGAUCAGAGAAAUUGAAUGAGAUUACUGAAGAAUUAGAUGACGUUUCUGGCUCAUUGGAUAAAUUGAGAGCACAACUUGAUGCAAAGUUAAUACCUCAGUAUAAUAACCUGAAAGCCAAAAUUUCGACAUCGAAUGAUUCUUACGUCAUUGGUCUUAAAAACGAAUUAAAAUCUGCGACUUCUGAAAGGGACUUGCUUUUAGAAGCAUAUUCUAGAGCCAAAUUAGAAUUUACUAAACUUCAAAAUGAACUAGAACAAUUAAAAUCUGAGAAGAUGAAUAAUCAAAAAAUUCUAGAUAAGGCUAAUUCACAGCAAAAACUAUUAUUGAAAAAAUUAGAUAACUUUCAGAAAGACACUGAAAAGAUUAUGAUUAAGAAAUACACAUUAGCUUCAAGACGUGAUGAAAUUCAACAAAAGAUUAGAGAACUCGGUCUACUACCUGAAGAGUCAUUAAGCAAAUAUCAGGAAUCAAGUAGUGACGAGCUACUGAAUGAAUUGAAUAAUAUAACUAAAGAACUCUCUACAUUGCAUAAUGUGAAUAAAAGAGCAUUUGAGAAUUUCAAGAAGUUUUCUGAAAAACAAAAUGAACUGGUUGAAAGGGCAAAAGAAUUAGAUGACUCGAAGAAUUCAAUUCAAGAAUUAAUUACACAAUUAAAGGAGCAAAAAAUUACGGCAGUAGAUACAACAUUUAAGAAGGUAUCUGAAAAUUUUACUAAAGUUUUCGAAAAAUUGGUUCCACGAGGUACUGCAAAUUUAAUUAUACAUCGUCGUUCUGAUGAUAGUUUAGCUUCAAUGGACAUUAAUACUGAUUCUCAAAAUAUUAGUGAACUAGUCUAUACCGGGGUAUCUAUAUCUGUGUCAUUCAAUUCUAAAAGAGAUGAACAAUUGCAUGUGGAACAACUAUCCGGGGGCCAAAAAACUGUGUGCGCUAUUGCUAUGAUUUUAGCCAUUCAAAUGGUUGACCCAGCACCAUUUUAUUUAUUUGAUGAAAUAGAUGCUGCUCUGGAUAAGCAAUAUAGAACAGCUGUAGCUGAUGUCAUAAAAUCUUUAUCAUCAAAUGCUCAAUUUAUCUGUACAACUUUUAGAACCGAUAUGCUGCAGGUUGCUGAUAAAUUCUUCCGUGUAAAGUAUGAAAAUAAAAUAUCUACAGUUGUUGAAAUUAAUAGAGAUUCCGCAAUUAAUUUCAUUAGAGGAAGCAAUAAAAUAGCAAACAUAUGA